AUGAGGGCGGCGCUCCGCAUCCCGCUGCGGGCUUCUGCCAAUUCUGAUCCCGCGCGACGCCGUGUUGGCGAUCAAUCACUAUCAUCACCGCCCUUUUGUACUCGAAAUGCAUCCACCUCUGCGACCUCGGGACGGAAUGACACGAGGCAGUCUGGGCCUGGGAAAUCGCGCAACAAAGUACUCAAAUAUGUUGUGAUCGGUGGAGCUAUUGCCAUUGCGGCAGUAGCAUACUCGGAUGAGGUUCAGCACUUUUACCGUGCGGCAGCGCGCACUGGACGAGUCGUCGGUGCACUUGCUAUCUGUAUCAAUGAUUACCGUGUUACUCUCAAGCAAGAAACGUCCACCCCUGGAGAAAGGGACGAAGCGAUACGGGCCUGCCACAAGCGUUGCGCGGACCGCACGCUACGUGUUCUCGAGCAGAAUGGAUCGAUCUUCAUCAAAUUAGGACAACACUUGAGCAGUAUGGGUUACUUGCUGCCCUUGGAAUGGACGACAACCUUCAUUCCUCUUCAAGACAGAUGCCCCGUCUCGUCCUUUGAGUCCGUCGAAGCGAUGUUCGUGGCUGAUACUGGUCGUCGUAUUGAUGAGCUCUUUUCGUCCUUCGACGCACAGCCUAUUGGUGCCGCUUCCCUCGCGCAGGUGCAUGUUGCUACGCUCAAAGAAACUGGUCAGAAAGUCGCGGUCAAGGUGCAACAUCCUGCAUUGGCAGAGUGGGCGCCGCUUGAUUUGGCAUUGACUCGAUUCACCUUCUCGACGUUAAAGCGCUUCUUCCCGGAAUACGAUUUAGAAUGGUUGUCAAAAGAGAUGGACCUGUCUCUGCCGCAAGAAUUGGAUUUUCGGAUGGAAGCUGAAAAUGCUAUGCGGACAAAGGAUUACUUCAAGAAGCAUUCAGAUGCCCCACUAGUCAUUCCGGAAGUGAUGUGGGCUCAGAAGCGUAUUCUCGUUAUGGAGUUCCUUUCCGGACGACGACCCGACGACCUUGAGUUCCUGGAUUCCAAUCACAUUGACCGGGAUGAGGUUUCCGCUGCAUUGGCACAUAUCUUCAACGAGAUGAUUUUCGGCGACAACGCUCCCUUGCACUGCGAUCCACAUGGCGGGAACAUCGCCAUCCGUCCCAACCCCAACGGUCGCCGUCACAACUUCGAUGUCGUACUUUACGACCAUGGACUCUACCGAGACAUUCCCCAAGAUCUGCGUCGCAACUAUGCAAAGCUCUGGCUGGCGGUGAUCGAAGCCGACGAGUUGCGCAUGCGGGAGUCCGCGCGCAAAGUUGCCGGCAUAACGGAUGAGCAAUUCCCUCUCUUCGCCAGCGCCAUUACUGGACGAGACUACAUGGUUCUCAAGAAAAAGGACAUCACCUCCGCCCGCACGUCAGCGGAGAGGGAGAGCAUGUCCGGUGCACUCGGCGAAGGCAUGUUGCAACAACUCGUCGAACUGCUGGGCCAAGUUCCCCGUAUCAUCCUUCUGAUUCUAAAGACAAACGACUUGACCCGCAGUCUGGACGAAAACCUGCAAACUCGCCAAGGACCCAUACGCACGUUCCUUAUUCUCGCACGCUACGCAACUCGCACAGUUUUCGAGGAACAAAUGGAAGCCGUUUACGAGGCAGGCGGUGUUCUCCGUCCUUCAAACUUCUGGCGUUACCUUUGCGCAUGGACCGGCUUCCUGCGCGUGGAACUGAAGCUUUCUGUCUACGAGGCUCUCCUAUCACUGAAGAGUCGCUUUGGGUUGGUAUAGAGCCACUUGUUUUAAUCCCUCUGUACAGUCUACUACACCCCGUCCCGAUUUAUCUGCAUCCGUUUAACUCGCACCGCGAGGAGCCCGCUCUUGAGCUUUCAGUGGGAAGUAAAAUGCUUUAGAGAUCAUCUUGCAGCUUCGCACGGUUUGUGCAUUUCUAUGGCGUUCAACCCCAUUCUCCUUAUUCUGUGGUUUCUGUGCAUCUUGGUCCGUGAUUUUGGCUUCAUAGACUAUGUUAUUGAGAAAAGCUAUGUGUAUAUUUAGUGGCUCAUAUAGUAUAGAAGGUAUGGGUAGAUUUCUUCUUUCAUCAUCAAGCAAGGCGAUCCUCAAUCUUCAGGUGUCGAUUAUCAGAUGUACGGAUGAAUGAUGAUGUCAGUCCGCACUACGUCGAUAGUGGCGAAUCAGAUAAUCCCGCUGCAACAACAGGCAGCACUCCAGUCCACAUAAGAAAUCAAGUGGGAAAAAUGGUGAAGGUGUGGAAAUCUUGAUAUAUAUUGUAG